GGAGCGCAGUAAUAAAUUCGCGGUCAUGGCGUCUGACUGGCACUAAAAAUAAACUCUUGCACAUUACUAAAUAACCGAAUAACUUUAGAAUACUCAAAUUAAAACUAAUCAAAAUACUCACAUUCAAUGGUAUUACAGUGUUAAGAUUAGUGAUAGUGAUCCAUAAGAUAGAAAGCUUAAGUUUAACUAGUGAUAAGAGUGUGAUUUUCUGUCGAGGAAUAGGAAAACAUUGCUGCGGGGUGUUCCAACAACAUUUUGCCAUAGUGAAUUUCUCUAUAAUAACACACACACACAAAUGUGUAUUUAGCUAAACUUCACAUUGGAAAACCAUGGUCGGAGUUGCCAUACAACAGAAACAUAAAGUUGCAUUAAAUUGAUUGUUAAAUUUGAAAUUAGUUGGUGCCGGUUUGGAUUUGAUUAAAACAGUUGUGGUUGAUUGUAUCUUAAAAACAAACGCAAAUGUGUUCCGUAAUGUACGAUCUGGUGAGAUACAAAUGAACUGUUUUGAUACACCACCAAUAUGGGACAUGUGAAUGAAAUGGUGUCACGAAAUUGUGCUCGGAAAAAUGUGGCCACCUUGAUAUUCGGCGUCUUUGUUGGAUUUUCGUUUGCCUUUCUAUUCGUAACUAGUCCGCCCAGAGAUUACUGGUCCAGCGAACCGAAAGUUGACUUACGCGAUCCACACUAUGGGCACGAUCUGGCCGAUGCGGCCGGUCCAUUGCUGGAUGUCGGAAAUCAUGGUCAACACGAAGAGGCACAUGCAUUGGAGAACAGUACGGUUGCUGAUCAACUAUUUAAUGAAGUGAAAAUUUUGUGUUGGAUUAUGACAAAUCCAAGUAAUCAUCAGAAGAAGGCCAAACAUGUGUUGAAGACGUGGGGCUCACGCUGUAAUAAAUUGCUAUUUAUGAGCAGCGCUAAAGAUGCGGAAAUCAACGCAAUUCCACUACCAGUCAAAGAAGGUAGAAACAAUUUGUGGGCUAAAACCAAAGAAUCCUUUAAGUACAUUUAUGACAAUCAUCUCAACGAUUAUGAUUGGUUUCUGAAAGCUGACGACGAUACAUACGUAAUCGUUGAGAAUUUACGUUACAUGCUGUAUCCGUAUGCAGCUGAGACACCCAUCUAUUUCGGAUGUAGAUUCAAGCCGUUUGUGAAACAGGGCUAUAUGUCUGGCGGAGCUGGUUACGUUCUAAGUAGAGAAGCGGUUCGCCGAUUCGUUGAAGUUGCCAUACCGGAUAAGAAAAAGUGUCGACAGGAUGAUGAUGGAGCUGAGGAUGUCGAAAUCGGAAAAUGUCUGGAGAAGGUCCAUGUCAUUGCUGGUGAUUCGCGCGAUUCGGCUGGUAGAGGAAGGUUUUUCCCGUUCCUUCCGGAACAUCAUCUAAUACCGGGUCAUGUGAACAAUGACUUUUGGUACUGGAAAUAUAUUUACUAUAAAACGGACGAGGGCCUCGACUGCUGUUCCGACAACGCAAUAUCGUUCCAUUACGUAUCGCCGAACCAAAUGUACGUCUUAGACUACUUAAUUUAUCAUUUGCGACCGUACGGAAUUGUCGGACAUCCGCAACCAUUACCGCAUAAGCUGACUAGUGAUAACUACAGAUCUGUUGUAUCGUCCUCAACUCAAACCAAAAAUUUAUAUACCAAAGUCAAAGCAAAUACCAAAUUGCCAUAAAAAGAAAAAAUUAAUUUUUAGUCGUCGUUGUAAGCAGUGAACAAGGAAAAAAAAGUUUUUAAUUUUAAGGAAAGCAAAAUUGUGUGACUGUAUGCGUCAAGUAAUAACGGAAAAAUAAUUCAUUGAUGGGUUUAGAUCUGAUAAUAUAAACAAUCGAAUUCGUUUCAUCGGUCGGAUAAGAAAAUGAAAAAGUUCUUUUUCUGGAAAAAUUGAAGAAUUAUUUCGAUUCAUAAAUUGCAUGACAUAAUUUCCUACAUGACAAACUUAACUGGAAACCAAAUUUAUGUUUGAACAAUAAAUUUAGAUCUGAAGUCAAAUGUUAAACCAAAAAACGCUGUGCAAUUUCUCGGAAUUCGGAGUGAGUCACAGCGGACGUCAGUGAAAUUUGGACAAGAAUUUGCCUCAGCUGUUUUUUCACCUGGUCCACUCAUACAAACAAAAGUGCUCAUACGUCUUUUUACGUGUUUACCACUACCACCCGUAUAAACAAGUACAAGCAGUUUGUAUGUAUGGACCAACUGAAGCAAACUCCAGACUAAUUUUAACCGAUGACCCAAGUAUCUCAAGGAAAACUACCACCAAGUCAACAACAUUAAAAUACCCACUAAAUCAAAGAGAUGAGAAUGUAGGGCAAUGGAACGUCUGGCGAAGCUAUAUUAUCGCCUAUGUGCACUAAAUAGGCAGGUUUACGAAAACCUAAUAAUUUUACCGAGCGCCAUACCAUGUCCUCUCAAUUGUUUACAAAAUCGAGGCACAUAAUACCCAUACCCAUAUUUACCGCUUUUGCGGGCAGCUCACUCAUGUCUAUCAGUUACAGCAUCUCUAUUUGCGAAUGAAUUUAUUCAUAACAUUUUCAAUAAAUUUGUCGAAUUUUCGGAAGUAUGGAAAUACGUAACUAUUAUUAACAACAAAGGGUUUCUGCCACUGUUUCGAUCUGAUGAAAUGAUUUAUAAGCUCCAAAUUGAUGAUUUGCACUUAAUAGUGCUGUUCAAAAAAAUAUCACAUCAGGGCAUGGUGACAGUGGCAAAGAGAUGACCAAGCUCUAGACGUCGUCACAACUAUUAAUCAUAAAGAUGGAUUUUCAGAAAUUUCCAGAGACAUUUUAGUGUGGACAAUGGAUGGCUUUUAUCAAAAGCCAACGAAAUUAUUCCGAGAUUUUUUUUUUCGAAAAAAUUCUAUUGCGUUCCACAGAAAAAGCAUUUUCUCGACAAUGUUGUUGUACCUUGUCUUAACAACCUCACAUUUAACUUUUAGAAACGAAUACUCAAAAAUGUACCCUGGAAUAAAGCUCUCGAAUAAGGUCAGAAUAACAACUAGAAAUUUGACUAUAGAAACCAUUACCUAAUACGAUUUCGAUCAAAAAACAGUCUGGUAAAACUGAAGUUCCUGUUCUUUAAACUAAAUGUUGUGCAUUGUAACAACUUACAUGUUGAUGUAUUCGUUCAAAGUUCGUUUUGUGCCAGUACAUCUUGUAUGGAAGAUGUCGAGGAUUGUAUGAAUUGUUUUGCUAAGAAAUCAAGAAGGCGAAUUGACUGAAAUGGAUCGAAGAAAACCGAGAAAAUAGUGAGUCAGAAUUGUGUCGAAGAGCAAAAUUUUUCACUUAACACAGAACGAAAUUAUCACAAAUUAUCGCGUUGGGAGAGUCACUGACAGGAUUAUUUUCCUGUUGUUUUCCUGCUGCGCCACUUGUCAUUAAUUAUACUCACUACAAUUGAAAACACUUUACUUGGGGAUGCUGUCCCCUGAACUUCUUGUUCAAAACUGAUUUUAUUUUGCUCUUCGACACAAUUCUGACCCACUAUUUUCUCGGUUUUCUUCGAUCCAUUUCAGUCAAUUCGCCUUCUUGAUUUCUUAGCAAAACAAUUCAUACAAUCCUCGACAGAAGAUAUAAUUUCCAAAUUUACAGAUCUGAUGCAUGCGCAACGUUUAAACGUUAGAAUUUUUAAAUAUUUUUAAAUUAAAAUCAAAAUGAGUCUCGUAAAGUAGAAGAAGUUGUGUGUGUACUAAACAAUUCAUCGUAAGUGUUGCAUUUAAAAAUUGUUUGUGUGGAUGUGCAAGGAAUUUGUUUCUUUUUGGCUGUUCAGCACUUUCGUUUCAGUACAAAGUAAGAUGAAUGUUGUGUGUAUCGAUCAUCGAAGCAUAAAUUUAGUUUUAUUUCAACAAGAAUUUCAACAAUUAUAAAAGUGAAUUGGAAAGGUUAGUUAAAUUUGAAAAUUCAGAUAUUGUUUUUCAAAUGAAACGGAUAUUUUGCAUCGACUGAAAAUCGUUGUAAUUUUACCAUCGAACAUCCGUGUGUACGAAUUAAGUUUAGAAUAAGUAAAAAAUAAAGUAAAAAUGAAAUCGUAAAUAUUUCUAGUCCUUAAUCAACUAUACAUACACUAAC